UCAGAUCCUCUCGAAUGGCGAUCUCCUCUUGUCAUAUAACGGUGAGACCGACUUCAGCAGUGACGGGUCUCCAGGUGGAACGACAGUGUAUACAGUCUAUGUUGGUUCGAGCCACGACGAAAUUUACAGUCUGUCAAUACAUGAGAAGUGAAUCAUAGUUGCUGGAUGUUGUGUAGGCCCCUGUAGCAGUUACUGUAGGAAGCUGUACAUCAGUGGAUCAAUCGUAACGCUCACUCAUCAUGCCACCGCCCUCGGACCAUCCGUCUCUACAUCUCAUUGUCCUCCCAAAUGAUUUUUUUGUCGUGCAGCUCAAACAUAACGAAAUAGAUGCAGACGUUCUGACCAACUUGACCAGUCAGCCGGAGAGAUUCUUCUCGUUGACUCGGACAGCUGAAGAAGUGUCCGUUGUUGGAGAAAUAAAUAAGGACCUCCCUCAGAAGUAUCACGAAAAUUCUGGAUGGCGUUGUGUCCGAAUUGCAGGUCCUAUGGAAUUCAAUUUAACAGGUGUAUUGGCCAGUUUUACGCUGCCUCUGCAGGAGGCCCAGGUCCCAGUGUUUGCCGUGUCCACUUGGAAUACCGACUACGUGCUUGUGCCCAAGGAUAAGCUGGCGAUUGCAGUGGGGGCAUUGAAAGAAGAUAGCUGGAAGUUCAUUUCGUAGGAGGCAGUAAUGAUAGAUUAGACAAAAGCUUGCCAGGGUUCAUCAUCGUAGAUAUUAGAAAAUGAUGCAGCUCCAUUUUGGGUGGAAAGGCGCGACAGAAUUC